GCUUGUUCUGCAGAGUGGAUAUCUGCACUGAAACACUCCCUUGCAGUCUGCACUAGGGAGAAAUGGAGCUGCACAUUCAAAAGAAAUCAAUGUUGCAGCAAGGUUAUAGCAUAUAGAAAGGAUUGUAUUACAUCAGACAAAGUAGAGAGGUUCAAAAGCUACUUUCAGCUACUGAAUUUAUGCCUCUAUCUUUCCUUCUAGAAAGAUGUGGAUACUUUGCCCCGUCUCCAACGUCUCUUCCUCAGCUUCAACAAUAUAUCUAGUUUUGAGGAUAUUCUGUGCCUUGCUGAUUCCUCAUCUUUGUCAGAUAUCACCCUUGAUGGCAAUCCAAUAGCUCAGGAGACAUGGUACAAACACACUGUUCUCCAUCAUAUGAUGCAGCUCCGACAGCUAGAUAUGAAGAGAAUCACAGAAGAAGAAAGACGUAUGGCAUCUGUUGCAGCAAGGAAAGAGGAGGAAAGGAAGCGUGAAAGCCAUAAACAGACCUUGCUUAAGGAAAAGAAACGUUUAACUAUUUGUAAUAUUGCUCGUCAGUGGGAGAUACAGCAGAAUCGAAUAGCUCUUGUGGCUUCUUUAAACCAAGAUAAAGAUAACGAGCCCUGUCAAAUCAAUGGCAGUGAUUCGUAUGUAUUUCCUGAAGAAAGCAGGUCUCUCAAUACAAUAUUAAGCAGUGCAGUACAAGGCUUGUCUGUUCUUGAGUCUCAUUUAGUGGAAGUGGAAGGAGACACUCUUUGCUUGUAUGGUGCUGGAGCGCUGGAGUGCCUGGAUCGAAACUGGAGUGUUCAAACAGCAGGAAUUAUUGUCACAGUCUCCUUUACAUUCAUAGAAUUUGAUGAAAUUGUUCAAGUGCUAACAAAGUUGAAGACAAAAUUUCCUAACUCUGUGCACCUGAAGUUUAAGGAGACAAAUCUCGUGACGCUGCAGCAAUUCAAUGCGUUAGGCCAGAUGCAUCGCAUUGAGCAGUUGACAGUUGAUCCUCAGGGAAAUCCAGUUGUCAGCUUUACUUUGUGGAAAUACUAUGUUCUGUUUAGACUGAACCAUUUCAAUCUACAGAAGAUAAAUGGAGUAAAGGUUACUGAAAAUGAUAUUGUAAUGGCAGAAAGGCUCUUUGGCAUUCUGGCAUAUGUAGCAUCUUCUGAGUUGCCACAUUAUCGCAUGCUUUCAUUAUUUGGAGAAUCUAGGAGGAAGCAAUUCCAUUAUCUGCUGGAGGGAAAGGGAAAGAAAUCUGGGAUUGGGAGUGAGGAAAGUAGUGAUAACAGAAGAAAUGGAGGGGAAAGCACAACUCGAGCAACGCUGAGUUACACAACAAAGGACUUUCAUAUGGAAAAGCUUGAGGAAAUCAAGGAAAGAAAAACAUUUUGCCAGACAUACGUCGAGAACUUAGUGAAAGAAGCAGCUGACAUCAAUAUGAAAAAUGAGUCGUUGCAGAAGCUCUGGCCUCAAAUGUUCAUUGAGCUUGUCAGAGAUGCAGUGAUAGAAAUACGCAAUAAAAAUUCCUACAUGAAACUUUGCUUACAGCGGAUCACUGAUCAAAAACAGUAGAGUCAAGGCUUGUUGGUUUCAGUAUUCUACAAUGGUUUACAAACUUAAAACAAUAGAAUAUAAAAUUACCAUCACUAUGGUAUACUUCACCCACCCCCCCCAAAGGGAUGCCUUUAAAUCUUGAUAGUUUUGAAAUAAAACUUCACUUGCAUACUGCUUUAACAAUGCUUCUUUGCCUAAAGUGAUGAGAUAGCAUAGAAGUAACUUGGUGAUUGUCAUGUUUACUAAGUUUUUCUUUAUUUCUGCUACCCUUGGUUCUGUACAGCUACAACAUCCAUUUUUAAAGAACAAAUUUACACUCUGCUUGCCUUAUUUUUUUUAUUGAAUAUUUUUCAGUUGUCACCUUUUCAACUGUUUGCUGCUGUCUAAAAAAAAUCAGGAAUAGUAGCUAAUUUUUUUUUUUAUGAGCAAAAGCUAAUAAAUUAUUUUUACACCCUGAACUUGAUGAGGACAUUAUUAUUGUUGUUCAAUUUGUGAGAUUAUAGAACUUUCACGUCAGUGCCAUCACAGUGCUCAGUAUAUCAGCAUUUAAUGAGCCUAAUUCGCAACUGGUCAAAUUGCCCAAACUUGAUUUCAAGUGUUUUUUAUUAAUUUCAUUUGUAUUAGUUUGUGUGAAUUACUAUAGGUAAAAUAAGAAUUUGAGGUAUAUUCGCUUAAGCUUUAUUUUUGUUCUGUUAAAAUAUAUUAAUACUAUAAUUUCUUCUGUUUCUUAAUUACUAAAUUAUUUAUUUUUGAGGUUUGCCAAAGUCAAAUGAGCUAAAAUGCAUGCAUUACAUUUGGUGGGGAAGCUAAUGACUACUGUUAAGUUGUAAUUAAUUUCUGUGACUGUGUGAACAAAUUGAUAUUUGUUAUCAAUAAAAAUAAAUUCUUUUGCCCUUCACAGAUACUGUAAAGAAUACUGUGUGCAAAGAAAAGACUCAAUGCUACAUGAAGAGUUGGGACACAACUUUUGCCCCCAAAUCAACUGUGAAUGGGUAGAAAAAACACAUUCCAUAGUACAGUAACUUCCACUGUAAACACCUUGCCAGCUUCUGCCCAGAAAUUGAAUUUAGGAACUGUUAGCAAGUCCAGCUGAUUUCCAUGGCUAGUGUUCAUAGACAGGUAGAAAGUUGUGCCAUUUAAACUUAAUUUUAUAGUUCAUUGUAUCUUAACUAAAACAGUGCAGAACCUUUGUUCAUUCUUUUACUGAAUUCAAAGUGAUCUUAUUUUACUUAAGCUCAUUUAUAAAAAAGAAAUGUUGAUAGUCAAAGAAAAUUCCUGCAAGGGUUUCUAUGGCUCAAAACUAAAUUUAUUUUUAAGCUACCUGGACAAGACUCUCUGGCAAAACAGAGAUGCCAAUACAGUUUUGUAAGUUUCUGUGCUUUGAAUAUAGUCUUGAAUGAGUAGCAGGAGUCAGGUGGUAAUAGGUAUUUUGGAAUAUAUAGACUACUUGCAUUUACAUCAGGCUGAUGCAUCUCACUUGUCAGAAUCCACUGUCAGAGCAUGUUACAGGUUAGCAAUUGC